UUACAUUUUUUGCCUUUAUAAUCUCGAUGAAAAAAGAAGUUACAUAUAAAACUAUACAACAAGACUAAAACACUCUUAUCAGAUAUCUUUUUAGCUUUGAAUCAUGGAAGUUAACGGUGGAGAAGAUCAAUACGAAGAAGCAUCAGAGUGGUUUGUGAAGUAUUUAAAUCGUCAAGGUGAUUGGUUAGAAAAGACCAGAGGAAAUCUAAUGGUUGCAGCGACAGUUAUAGCUGGUAUGAGCUUUCAAGUUAUGGUUAGUCCUCCUGGUGGUGUAUGGCAGAGUGAUAUUUGUUCUUCCGGUAAUCAAACCGGUGUUACCGUACCGGUUUGUACGGCAAAAGCGGGAACUUCGGUAUUGGAGCACGAGAGUUCGAAACGUGGACUCUAUCUUGGAAUGGUUAUUAGUAGUACAGUUUCGUUUUCUGCCUCCAUGAGCCUCAUUCUACUUGUCAUCAGUGGAUUACGACUCAGGAACCGGAUGAUAAUGGCGAUCCUAGUGACAUUUAUGGUACUAGCGGUUCUUUGCAUAUCGGCGGCGUUUUUCUUCGCUGUCGCAUUGGUUCAGUAUGAAGAUGAUAAAAUCAUCUAUAUACUAAUGUUUUAUGUGGGAUUCUGGAUCGUGUUUCCUGUUAUAAUACUUGUAAGCCAACUAGUUCGGUUUUUAGGUUGGCUUAUUUGUUUCGUAUGUUGUUGUUGUCCACGUCGACGACGGUCCCCUCGACGGCUGUUGCCAGUGACUCCAUCUCCUGUCCAUUAACGCAGAAGACGAACAUGUGGCUCAAACCCACAUAUGAAAUGAGCUAUGGUGUUACUAGUGCGAUCACUAGAAUAAAAGUCUCCCAUGCAUAUCCACUAUUAUAAUAAGGUUGAUCACUUGAUCGUAUGAGGUUCGUAUUGUUAAAUUACUAUUAUAUUCUUUUGAUUAAUAAUUUUCUAUGUGAAUCAUGAAUAAAAGCAUCUUGUAAUAAGUCUAGUUGAAUUUCAAAAUAAAAUAAAAAAUAUUUUGUUAACGAA